AUGGCAGGCAUUAUGCAGCGAGAGACUCAGCGCAAAGGUUUGCUGCCGCCUUGGUGGUCCAUCGAGAAGGAGAAGGAGUGUGUCGACUUUGGUCUCGGGGAGGGCAGCUGGAAGGACCGUCAUGUCUCAGACCAAGAGCAUCAGGUCCUUGGCACAUAUGGAGAAAACUCAGCAAAUACUCCUCCAAAUGCGAGUGUUUGCUGA